UGGAGUUACAAGUUGUAUUGCAACAUGAUGUUGCAGUAAACAGGGCCUGGAGACGUGAAAUAAGAUUUAGAGACCGAACAGAUCCAUUUGCUUUUAGUGAUGAACACUUGUUGAGUUAUUAUAGACUCCUGCACUCCAUGCAGUGCCAUGUCAUUUACAGGUGUUGAUGACAUUUAGAUUUUAUGCCAGUGGGUCAUUCCAAAGUGUGUUGGCAGACACAUAUGGAUUAACACAAGGAUGUGUCAGCAGAGUCAUCAACAGAGUGAAAGAUGUGCUGUAUACAGCGUCACAUAGAGAAACACGGAUUCCAAGAGGACUAGAGGAAGCCAAGGUAACAAAGAGAAAAUUAUAUGGAAUUGCCAAUUUUCCAAAUGUGAUUGGCAUCAUCGAUGGAACACACAUCCCGAUUGCUGCCCCACCAGUUGAUGAAGAACUGUACAUCAAUAGAAAGAAUUUCCAUUCACUGAACAUACAAGUUGUGUGUAAUGCAGACUACAUUUUUCAAGACUAUUGCUGCCGUUUCCCUGGAAGCACAUAUGAUUCAUUUGUAUAGGAGAACAGCAUCCUCGACAGGAGAUUCCAGCGGGGUGAAUUCGGAGAUGCCUUUCUUCUUGGUAUGUUUUGAAGUGUGCAUUCUUUAUGUACUGUACUAUACGUACCACUUCAGAAACUAGUCUGUCAUUAUGUGCAUGCAAGUGAUUUUUUUCUUCAUUUAGUAUUUUUUUUCAUGUAAUGAUCAGCAUCUGUGGUGUAAUGUUUAGCACAUUUCCAUACCAUUAGUAUCAUCAUAUUCACCUUGCUCAGCCCAG